CCUGAGCCGCUUGCAACGCUCACUCCGCACCUCUCCUCUCCCCUCCGUAACCUCUACAUAUCCAUUGUCAGCUUUUGAGCGUAGUCCGCUGCCAUCCGUGUUCCCCGCGACGAGUCCUAGAUCAGCGGAGACACUCGCAUCUCUUUGUUGCCUGCUUGCGUCGGAUUGAGAGUUUGUAAUCACACACACACACUGCAGCCAUGUCUGAACUGCGGUAUGACGGCCAGACGGUCGUGGUGACGGGUGCUGGUGGUGGGCUCGGGAAGGCGUACGCCACGUUCUUUGGAAGCCGGGGCGCGAACGUUGUCGUGAAUGAUCUUGGGGGGAGCUUCAAGGGCGAGGGCAAGAGCAGCAAGGCUGCCGAUGUCGUCGUCGACGAGAUUGUGAAAGCUGGCGGCAAGGCCGUAGCAAACUACGACAACGUCCUGGACGGCGAGGCUAUCAUCGAUACGGCGAUCAAGGCGUUCGGACGCAUUGAUAUACUCAUCAACAAUGCUGGCAUUCUACGGGAUGUCAGCUUCAAGAAUAUGUCGGACCAGGACUGGGACUUGGUCCUGGCGGUGCACGUUCGGGGUGCGUAUAAGUGUGCUAGGGCGGCGUGGCCGCAUUUCAGGAAACAGAAGUAUGGUCGUGUUAUUAGCACUGCGUCUGCGGCUGGAUUGUUUGGAAACUUUGGACAGGCCAACUACUCUGCUGCGAAACUGGCACUUGUUGGCUUCACCGAGACACUGGCGAAGGAAGGUCUGAAAUAUGAUAUCCUCUGCAACACCAUUGCCCCGAUCGCCGCUAGUCGAAUGACCGAGACUAUUAUGCCCCCAGAUGUUCUGAAGGCCCUUCAGCCCAGCUGGGUUGUGCCCCUCGUCGCUGUCCUCACCCAUAAAUCGAACACCGAGACUGGAGCGAUAUACGAGGUCGGAGGUGGUCACAUUGCGAAGAUCCGAUGGGAGCGCUCGAAGGGUGCCAUAUACCGCGCCGACAGCUCUUUGACCCCUGGUGCGGUGCUCAGCAAGUGGAACGAGGUCAAUGACUUCUCCGAACCUGAGUACCCCACUGGCCCAGCCAACUUCAUGGAGCUGCUCGAGGAGGCACAGAAGCUCCCCCCGAACAAGCCAGGCGAAAACCUCGACUUCAAGGGCAAGGUUGUGCUCAUCACUGGCGCUGGGGCUGGUCUCGGCCGCGCCUACGCUCUGCUAUUUGCCAAACUAGGUGCCAAGGUCGUUGUCAACGAUCUCGUCAACCCAGAUACCGUUGUCCAGGAGAUCCAGAAGCUGGGUGGUGAAGCGGUUGGAAACAAGGCCAACGUGACCGACGGUGAUGCUGUUGUCAAGGGUGCGAUUGACGCCUAUGGCCGCGUCGAUGUUCUCAUCAACAACGCUGGUAUCCUCCGGGACAAGGCCUUCACUAACAUGGACGACAAGAUGUGGGACAUUGUUAUGGAAGUGCAUGCACGUGGUACCUACAAGGUCACGAAGGCUGCAUGGCCCUACAUGCUCAAGCAGAAAUACGGCCGCAUCAUCAACACCACCAGCACCAGCGGCAUUUACGGAAAUUUCGGCCAGGCUAAUUACGCUGCGGCCAAGUGUGCUAUCCUCGGUUUCUCCCGUGCUCUUGCUCGCGAGGGCGCUAAGAACAACAUCUUCGUCAACACCAUUGCUCCCAACGCUGGAACUGCGCUCACUCGGACCAUCAUGCCUGAGGAGAUGGUUCAGGCCUUCAAGCCAGAUUACGUGGCGCCACUAGUCGUCCUGCUCUGCUCAGAUAAAACCCCUGACCCACCCACUGGUCGCCUAUACGAAGUUGGCAGUGGCUGGGUUGCUCAGACGAGGUGGCAGCGAACUGGCGGUCAUGGAUUCCCCAUCGAUGUCCCGCUGACCCCAGAGGCGGUUGUUCAGCAGUGGGAAAAGAUUAACAACUUCGACGAUGGUCGUGCUGAUCACCCGGAGAGCAGUAAUGAUGGCCUCAAGUCUAUCAUGGCUAACAUGCAGAAUCUUGCCAACAAGAAGAAGGGUGGAAAAGUCAACCAGGAAAUACUAUCCGCCAUUGAUGCUGCUAAGGCUGCGAAGGCAGAGGGAACUAAGUUUGUGUAUGACGAGAAGGAUGUCAUUCUUUACAAUCUCGGCGUUGGCGCCAAACGCACCGACCUCCCCCUCGUCUUCGAGUCCUCCGACGACUUCCAAGUCCUUCCCACCUUCGGAGUCAUCCCUCCCUUCGGCGCCGUCGCCCCCUUCUCCCUCGACGACAUCGUCCCCAACUUCUCCCCCAUGAUGCUACUCCACGGCGAGCAGUACCUCGAAAUCCGCAAAUUCCCCAUCCCCACCGAAGCCACCCUCAUUUCGUAUCCCAAACUCGUCGAAGUCGUUGACAAGGGCGCCGCCGGCAUCGUCGUCACUGGCACUCUCACCAAGGACGCAAACACCGGCGAAGACGUCUUCUACAACGAAAGCACCGUCUUCAUUCGCGGCUCAGGCGGCUUCGGCGGGCCCAACAAGGGCGGCAACCGCGGCGCUGCUACUGCUGUGCAUAAGCCACCGCCACGCGCGCCUGACGCUGUCGUCGAGGAGAAGACGACCGAAGAACAAGCAGCGCUAUACCGUCUGUCCGGCGACCGGAAUCCGCUACACAUAGACCCCGAGUUCUCGAAGGUCGGCGGAUUUAAAGUGCCUAUCUUACAUGGAUUGUGCUUCUUUGGGUUCAGCGGCAAGCAUGUGCUGCAGACGUAUGGCGCGUUUAAGAACAUUAAGGUCCGGUUUGCGGGCACGGUGCUGCCCGGGCAGACGCUGAGGACGGAGAUGUGGAAAGAGGGGAACCUGGUUAUUUUCCAGACGAAGGUGGUGGAGACGGGGAAGUUGGCGAUUGCGGGGGCGGGGGCGGAGUUGCUGGAGGGGGCGAAGGCGAAGUUGUAGGUUGUAGGUUACAGGGGAAAAUAUGACGGUUGAUUAGGGGGCUUAUAUUGAUAGGAAAUUUCACGCUUGUUCUUUUCAAAAGUAUGUGGGUUGAGUGGUUUUCUACAGGAUUGUGAUUGAACUCUUGGAAUGCGACUAGAGUAUAGUUUCGAUCGGUGUGAAAGAGGUAUCCC